CAUUCUCUUUCAGUGAUUUCCUGAUUCUGCCUGGGUACAUUGACUUCACAGCUGACCAAGUGGACCUGACAUCAGCGCUGACCAAACAAAUCACAAUGAAAACUCCACUGGUCUCGUCACCCAUGGAUACAGUCACAGAGUCUGGCAUGGCCAUUGCUAUGGCGCUGACUGGUGGGAUUGGCUUCAUUCAUCAUAACAGCACACCAGAGUUCCAGGCUAAUGAAGUCCGCAAGGUCAAGAGGUACGAACAGGGUUUCAUUACGGAUCCGGUGGUGAUGAGUCCUAAUGAGAGGGUAAGAGACGUAUUUCAGGCAAAAGCUCGGCAUGGAUUCUGUGGGAUUCCGAUCACUGACAAUGGACAGAUGGGCGGACGUCUGGUCGGCAUCAUUUCAUCACGAGAUAUUGACUUCCUCAAAGAGUCGGAGCAUGACCUGCCCCUCAGUGAGGUAAUGACUAAAAGGGAGGACCUGGUUGUAGCUCCAGCAGGAGUGACACUGAAAGAGGCCAAUGAAAUCCUCCAGAGGAGCAAAAAAGGUAAGCUUCCUAUUGUAAAUGAGGAGGGCUGUUUGGUGGCCAUCAUCGCUCGGACAGAUCUGAAGAAGAACCGAGAUUUCCCGUUGGCCUCAAAGGACUCUCGUAAACAGCUGCUUUGUGGUGCUGCCAUCGGAACACACAAUGAUGACAAAUACAGACUUGACCUGCUGGUGCAGGCUGGUGUAGACGUGGUUGUCCUGGACUCUUCCCAAGGAAAUUCCAUCUUUCAGAUUAAUAUGAUUAAGUACAUAAAAGAGAAAUAUCCUAACCUACAAGUCAUCGGCGGCAAUGUGGUGACUGCGGCUCAGGCGAAGAAUUUGAUUGAUGCCGGAGCGGAUGCUCUCAGAGUGGGAAUGGGCAGCGGCUCCAUCUGCAUCACACAAGAAGUGCUAGCAUGCGGGAGGCCACAGGCAACAGCUGUGUAUAAGGUAUCAGAAUAUGCUCGGCGGUUUGGAGUGCCUGUCAUCGCUGAUGGGGGGAUUCAGACAGUUGGUCACAUUGCUAAAGCACUUGCUUUGGGAGCAUCAACAGUAAUGAUGGGGUCAUUGCUCGCUGCCACUUCUGAAGCUCCUGGUGAAUUUUUUUUUUCGGAUGGGAUCCGUCUAAAGAAGUACAGAGGAAUGGGAUCACUGGAUGCCAUGGACAAGAACUUGGGCUCACAGAGCAGAUACUUCAGUGAGAGUGAUAAGAUUAAAGUAGCUCAGGGAGUUUCAGGGGCUGUUCAGGAUAAAGGCUCCAUCCAUAAGUUUGUUCCAUAUCUCCUCGUUGGCAUACAGCAUUCCUGCCAAGACAUCGGUGCAAAGAGCCUCACACAGCUGAGGGCAAUGAUGUAUUCUGGUGAACUGAGGUUUGAAAAGAGGACAAUGUCAGCUCAGAUGGAGGGUGGAGUGCACAGCCUACACAGCUAUGAGAAGCGCCUGUUUUAAAGAAGACAUUACAGAUGCCAGUACAUGCAUAGCCAAACGCACAUAAACCUCCAUUAAUGGACUUCCACAAGUGCUUUUGCACAUACAGGCACCCAAACACACUGAGAACCUCAGCUUCCUCUUUCUCGUCUUCCCCAGCCGCCUUUCCUCUUAGCAAGGAGAGGAACCGUGUGUCUGCGAGCAUAUGCCAGUUUUGCGUGAAUUUGUGUGGUUGUGGCGAACGCAUGCUGUCUGCUGUUUGUAUCAGAUGCCUUACAUGUCAAGAAAUAUGUUUUUGAUUGUAAUCAUUUGACAAAAGUUCGUUGAAAAAUAUUUUUUUUUUGCCACAGAUAUUUGUCUCGUCUUGAUUAAUAAAAUAUGACUGCAUAUGCAUUAUUAUAAGCAAUAAACAGUCAACAUUUUCUGUCCAGAGGUGAAAACGGGUUGAUUGAGUGCCGCUGAUCUGUGUAAAACAGGAAGUGUUGUAUUUUAAUGGGAUUUCUGUCAAGUUUGUUAUAAAACGAGAACUGACAGUUCAAGUUAGGUGCAUGUGAGUACCUUUGUAAAAAUGUGGCUGUGUCAUGUAAAUUACAAAAUUUUUCACUUGCAUGUGUUUUUUCAUCAUAAAUUGGUUUUCAAAUCCUGAA